UCUGAUCCACUGAGCCUCGAUCUCAAUCUCUGCCGAGCCUGAAAAAGAAGCACCUCAGCACCCAUUUAUCUUUCCAUCCUGUGCUAUUGUCGAUUCCUUUAAAGAGGAUGUGAAGAGGAGAAUGACUGAGGAGAGAAAACCCCAGUAAAUCCAGCCAGAACAUCAGGAUCAGACGGUUGCUAUGGACAGACGGGUCAACUGAUACCAGACACUCCUGGCUCCACUCGUAAAUUGACAAUGGUGUUGUUUCUAAUCGGGAUCUCUAUCGCUGUGAAUAAUUCAUCCCAUGGGAACCAAACUGCAGAAAACCCCACCCAUGAGGGUGCUCACGUGUUGCCCUCAACGCUGAUCAUAUCCCUGCUUCUCAUCAUCAUUGUCCUGCUGACAGUCUACUGUCUGAGGUUCAAAAACCACAGGAAGGCUCUAGUUACCUCGGUGGAUAAAAAGAUUCCCAAUGGCUUCUUGGAAGAACAAGGAGAGCAGACAGUGGUCCUUCUCCCCAGAUCUCCCUCGCCAUCCAAGAGGUACUUCCCAAUCCCCCUGGACUCGCUGGAGGAGGAAUACCGGAUCCGCUCCGCAGACGACGGCAAGCUCUUCAGAGAAGAGUUCAAUUCGCUGCCGUGUUACUACCACCACGGGUCCUUUGAGGAGGCGAGCAGAGAGCACAACAGAGAGAAAAACAGAUACCCAAACAUUUUGCCAUAUGAUCAUUCACGAGUGGUGAUGAGUCACCUCGAUGGGCAUCUGUGCUCCGACUACAUAAAUGCGUCCUACAUUGAUGGUUAUAAAGAGAAGAACAAAUUCAUCGCAGCUCAAGGACCGAAACUGGAAACAAUUGCCGACUUCUGGAGGAUGGUUUGGGAACAGAAGACGUCGACUAUAGUGAUGCUGACGAAUCUGAAAGAAAGAAAGGAGGACAAAUGUUAUCAGUAUUGGCCGGAGAAAGGCUGCUGGAUGUACGGAAAUGUCCGCGUGGCAAUGGAGGACUCCACUGUGCUGGUGGACUACACCAUCAGAAAGUUCUGUGUGCAGUAUCAGGGCAGCGACGGUCCCCGAGCUCCACGACUGGUCACUCAGCUCCACUUCACCAGCUGGCCAGACUUCGGGGUGCCGUUCUCGCCCAUAGGCAUGCUGAAAUUCCUCAAGAAGGUCAAGGCUGUCAAUCCAUCGUAUGCUGGACCCGUUGUUGUGCACUGCAGUGCCGGGGUGGGAAGAACCGGGACGUUCAUUGUCAUUGACAGCAUGAUCGACAUGAUGCACACGGACCAGAGGGUGGACGUCUUCGGCUCCGUGAGCAGAAUACGACAGCAGCGCUGUCAACUCAUCCAGACAGAUAUGCAGUACUCCUUCAUCUACCAGGCUCUGCUGGAGUACUACCUGUAUGGAGACACAGAGCUGGAUGUGUGCUCUCUGGAGGGCCAUCUGCAGAGGCUUCACAACACCAGGGCUCCUCACGACAGGCUGGGCCUGGAGGAGGAGUUCAGGAAGCUGACCAACGUCCGCAUAAUGAAGGAGAACAUGAGGACUGGGAACCUCCCCGCCAACAUGAAGAAGAACCGCGUGCUUCAAAUCAUUCCGUAUGAUUUCAACCGAGUAAUACUGUCAGUGAAGAGAGGACAGGAGUUCACCGACUACAUCAAUGCCUCCUUUAUUGAUGGCUACAGGCAGAAGGACUAUUUUAUCGCAACCCAGGGCCCGCUGUCUCACACAGUGGAGGACUUCUGGAGGAUGGUGUGGGAGUGGAGGUGCCACUCAAUCGUUAUGCUCACCGAGCUCAAAGAGCGGGAGCAGGAAAAGUGCUUCCAGUACUGGCCAUCAGAGGGCAGUAUAACAUUUGGAGAUUAUACUGUGGAGCUGACGGCUGAUACGCAGUGUGAGACCUUCACUCUCAAAGACAUGGUGCUCACCUGCAGACCAGAGAAGCAGUCACAACAUGUCCGGCACUUCCACUUCCACGGAUGGCCUGAGAUCGGAAUACCAGCUGAGGGAAGAGGAAUGAUUGACAUUAUUGCCGCUGUGCAGAGGCAGCAGCAGCAGUCUGGAAACCGUCCCAUAAUUGUGCACUGCAGUGCCGGCGCGGGUCGAACAGGCACCUUCAUCGCCCUCAGUAAUAUUCUGGAGAGGGUGAAGGCGGAGGGCCUCCUGGACGUCUUUCAGACCGUCAAGAGUUUACGCAUGCAGAGACCACACAUGGUUCAGACUGUGGAGCAAUACGACUUCUGCUACAGGGUGGUUCAGGAUUUUGUUGACAUUUUCUCCGACUACGCCAAUUUUAAAUAACACACCAGAUCUACUGUUCUGCUGUCUCAUUUUAGGGUCAAAUUAACUUAUUAUGCAAAUUCUUUUUCUUUCUUCUUCCUGAAUGUUGUUUUCUAAAAGCAAUGCUCUUUUUACAUUUUUGCACAGAUUUAAAAAUAACAAUAAUAAUAAUAAUAAUAAUAAAAAAUGGAAAUAAUUGUUGUAACAUAACUAUAUAAUAUAUAAUUUAAAGCAUCUGCGCUUCAGGUGUCUUGACCUUCAAAUGUCAUAAUGUAAAAAAUAGAAAAAUAGGAACUAAUAAUUUUAUGGUUUGGUCCAAUAAAGUGUUUAAGAGGGAACAUUGAAUUUACUUGUGUUCCAUUUUUCAUUCGUACCACUGUGUGGCUGCUUUAUUCUGUCACUGACCACAAUGCCUUUGGUUUAUUUUACUGUAAAUAUUAUUUGUAUUUCAUGCUGCUUACUUAACUUAUGUCACUGCCAUGAGGAUAAUAAAUUUUAUGUUUGAUAUAUAGAAUAAAAAAAACAACAACAUUAAUGCUUUUCCAAAAAAAAAAAAAAAAGGAACCCCCCCCCCCCCUUUCUGCGUCUGACAUGUGUGGAUAAUAUUUGUGAUUUACCUUCAGUGUGUUUUUAUGUGUGAAUAACUCAGCAGCUGCUGCCUGGUGCGAGUUUAUACGACUGAAAAAUGCAACAGGCAGAAAAUGAUAUGUGUCCCAUGUUUUGCAGCCACAAGUGUCAAAAAUGUACAUAUAAUUUUACACACUUUGCAUGUUUCGCAUUUAAAAAAACAACAACAACAAAACAGUGCCAUGAGGAUUAGAGAGCCGUUCUAAUCAUGAAAUCCUUGUCACCGAGUGACACCAUUUUUAGUCAAGAUAUUUAUGUUGAAUUUAGAUUUUUUUUUUUUAAAAAAAAGGUUACUUCAUUGUUUGUACGAUCAUCUCUCAAGAGUAUUAUAUGGGUAAUAUAUACACAUCUAUAAGUUUUAGUUGAGUUUGCAGAGGAGUGAAUGGAAACUGUUAAUUGAUGCGGCCGAACUUUGCUCGUCUCCGGGGACGAUGAGAUGAGAUGAGAUGA